GUCUGAUGCUGUCUCUUUGUAACUUUUUUUGGGGCUUGCUCGUCUUUCAGAGUUUUGUACAAGGAGAGCCCUCAGUUGUUACACCAAGUUUUACAUCGCAGCUCAUCAAUAUUACGGAUGGAGCUUCUGCUAUAAAAAGCGAAGAAAAAGAAGCUGUGGUAAGCACCCAAGACAAUGUCCUAGUAACCAUAGACUCAGAACUUGAACCACCCUCAGAGCUUGGAUCCUUAAACACUGUUAUUUUAAGAAAAAAAAAGCCUCUUAAACAAUCUGCAAGUAUUAAGGACACACAAAAUGACGGAGGCUUUCAGAAAAUAUCCGCCCAGAGUAAGCAUGGAAGCCAAAAGAUGGUUAGUACAUCUUUGCCUAUGGGAGAAAGCUUACCAUUAGAAAAUAUAGGAAGCAUUAAUGGAUCCCCAAGUAGCGCAAAAUUUAAGGCUUUAGAGCAUCAUGGUUUCGAGGACACUCCAAGUUUUAUUUCUAGCACAGACCAGACUAAUAAACGAUCCGGAGUAAUUAAAGACUUAGAUAACAGUGAAGAUGAUAAGUUUAAAACAUUUAAGUCUGUUAAUAUAAAUGAGGAUAGUCAUAAAACAUUACUGCCUAAUAGCAAAAGCUUGCGUACAAAGAAAACAGGAGGAGAAAAUAAAUUUUUUCAAGGCAAGCAGCCUCUAGGCUCUCCUACUUUACAACCUGUUAAAGUCGAUGAAGGAAUUGCUGAUGAUCAAGAAGAGCAGGAAAAUAGCAAUGUGGUUAAUGUUAACACUGAACAAAGCCCUCGGCCACUUGAAGAUGAUGUGGGUUUAAUUAAAACUAGCGGAAGUACAGGUGAAUCGAAAAGUAUUUCGUCUAUAGAUGUGUCAGCAAUCCCCCUAAAUAUUAAUAGUAAUAAUGCUGAUGAAAGUAACAGAAAAAAGGGGAAGAAUGUUCAAGAAAUUCUAACUUCGAAGCUUCGAGCUACAGUGCGGCCCCCGAGCUCCCCUACUACUAAACCUGAGGAAACUGCCGACGAAAAGGGAGUGCAGAAGGAUAGCGCGUUUGUUAAAGUUAACACUGAACGAAAUCCUCGGCCGCAUGAAGAAGACGUAUCAGCAAGCUCUCUAAACACGAAUAAUGUUAAUGCUGCUGAAAGUAACAGAAAAACGGGGGAAAACGUUAACAUGGAUUCUCAAAAGUCUGAAGCUCUUCAAAUGUUUCCAAAAAAUUUACCCAACUUAACUUCUUCCGAAGUCAACAGUGAAAAGCCCGGGAGUAUUGUUACCAAAGAAGUAAUGAUUGGUAGUGCCUUAGGGGGAAGCGCAAUUGUUUCUGGUGUCGGAGCUUAUUGUUUUUAUUUACACAGAAGAAAAAAAAAAUUAGUGGAAAUAAAAGCUGUAAAGGCAACACUACACGCUUCGCCGCCCGAUGAAUGCCUUUAAAAGAAGUUGUAUAACAAGUAUGUAAGAAAUAUAAGCUUUUAAUAAUUUAAUAAAUUUCUUUUAUUUUA